AUGGCGGCUGCGGAUGUCCAUCGAUUACAUAGACCAUCAAAUUUCAAUGGGUCUUGGUUGCUUGGGAUGGGGGAGGAGGACCGGGGUCUGGAUGGCGAUGGGAAUUUAUCGAUUUUGUAUGCCUUGGUCGAGGUGGUAGUGUCGAUGAUCGACUGUGUUACCUCCUUUCAGCCUCCUUCUUCUCCUCCUCCUCCUCCUCCUCCUCCUCCUCCUCCUCCUCCUCCUCCUCCUCCUCCUACUGCUGCUACCACUACUUUUGCCAGUAGUAGUAAAUUGGCAUGUUAUCCCAGACUGGAACUAGACCCCAAGGACAUCCUCCCCAUCAAGAUCGGUCAAUCCAUCUUCUUCUACAAGAACCACCCAAUCCGCUUCAUCUGCAUCGUCGGCGUAAUCAUCGCCCGAACCGAAGUCCCCAGACGCACCAUCAUCACCCUCGACGAUAGCAGCGGCGCCACUCUCGACAUCUGCAUUCUCCACGCAGACCCUUCCACCAGGCCAAACACGCAAUCAGAGUUCAUCCAUGACGCGGACCAGCCAGAAGAACACGGCCCGUCCAGCAGCAAUACGCAUGCGCGGAGCAUACGACCUGAACACGUCUCCGCCACAGACAGGACCAUCCUCGAUAUUUCCAGUCUGCAGCCAGGUCGAAGUGUAAAAAUCAAAGGCACGCCGUCUCAUUUCCGGUCUACGAUGCAGUUAAAUCUGGAGCGAUUCACGCUGAUCCGCGAUACGAAUGCUGAAAUGCAAUUUAUCGAUCAGCGCUUGCGCUUUCUGGUGGAGGUUCUCGCUGUGCCGUGGGUGCUCUCGUCGGAAGAGGUGGAUCGGUGCAGAGCGGAUGCGGAGAGGGGAGAUGUGAUGGCGAUUGAGCAUCGUCAGCGGGCUGAAAGACGCGUCAAGAGACGGGCUGAACGGGAAGAGCGGGACUUCCAUCAUAUCCAGAAGCGGUAUGAGCGGGAGGAGCAGAAAAGGGCGAAGGAGGCCAUGCUGAGUCGGGAAAAUGGAGUCAGCUUGAUGCGUGACAUUCAGUGGAAAAAGGCGUUGGCUUCGAAUGGUGCGGGGCGAGAUAGUCGGUAG